AUGGGACCUAGCGCCAACUGGCCAGCGCCAGCACCCCCUCCCCAAGUGCCGCGAAGGUUGGCUGGCCGUUUCGAGCCCCCGUUCGGCCCCGCCGGCAAGCCACUGAGCGAACUGGCGAGUAUCCAAAGUCGCCAUAUUGGCUCCCCUGUCGAGGGGCUCUCUCUCCUGACUACCUGGGCGGAGGGGGCUCUGCCUGACGCGCCUCGCGCGCGCCUUCGGCUCGCCCUUCUCGGCUGCCUUCCGCCCGCCAGACCGGCCAUCUCCCCCGCCGCGCCAACUGGCGCCCCCACCCCCUCGACCUACCCGGCGGCCUCGCCCGGCCCCUCUCCCAGGGCCGCGACGCGCCACCCGCGGCCCCCUCGCCCCGGGCCUGGAGGACUAAGGACCGCCUGUAGCGUGUGGUUGCGUGGGCACCGGUGCGCCGGGGUAUCCUACCGCGAGGGUCACCCUGCCAGGGCCCCAACCGUAAGAUCCACCGCCGCCCCUGAUUCCUCACCCAACGCAACACAACCACUGUGGCGAGCCCUCAAUCCCUCAGGCCCGGACCGUCCGGCCAGGAUCGCUUCUACACAAACCCACCGACCCCAUUUGGGGUGUAAAAAUGCAAAUCGCAGUACAAGUGGCUAG